AUGCCAGCAGAUUCGCCAGCGACGGGUCAAAAGCGUCCGCCAAGGAGCGCCGGUAGGCGCAGGCUUGACGGUCCCGGGGAAGCUAUAUUAUCUGAGGAUCGGCGGAGUCAAAUCCGUCGCGCUCAAAGAACUUACAGACUGAAAAAAGAAGGAAUACUACAACAAGCUCAGAAACAAGUGAUGUUCCUCGAACAGAAGAUGCAAAAGAUUGCAAGAUCACUUGCAGACUACAGGGUCACUCUUCAGGCUAGCCUGCAAGGUACCCAUUGCGAACUCCUCAGGGAUUUUGACAGCAUCUUAAGACUUCUGACUUCGACAUCGGAGGACUUUGUUGAGGGAUCCAACCUUGAUAGCUGUUCAUCGAAGGAAAUCUCUAAGAAUUGUACACCGGACUCAAUCAGGAACACGCAGUGUGAUGACAGUUCGACCAGCAAUGUCACUACCGAUAGUCAAGCCAUUGCCGAGCCGAGCUCCACAUGCAUGGACAAGCCCCCGGAAACCGAGGUCAGCCCGGUUCAAGAAGCUGUGGAGAGGGGCGUUGACCGAUCACGACUCGUCAUACCGGAAAAUGGGGAGCUAGACUGUGAUCUGCCGAUGGUGCAAGUGGCUGAUCGGUUCGGUGGGGCCGAUAUUCUUUAUACUUACUCAUUCUUGGAAACCUCUUUCACUCGAAGACUCAAACGGACCAGUUUGGAGCACGCUUUCCGCAUAUUCAGCGAUCCCCGAUCUCAUCCGCUUGAAGUCUUCCGAAUAUUCAGACUUGUGCCUUGUUUCAAAGACAAGGAGAAGAUGUAUCCUUACUUCAAGGAUUUGGUCACUUCUGAACGCGGAGCUUCACUGGAGAUUUCCGCCCUACCGUUCUAUUGUAUUGGAGGAGCUGGGACACAUUAUAUCACGAAAGAUGAACACGGAGAUCCCAUCUAUCCACCAAAGAUGAGGUUUCCUCGGAGGAUACUCGGCAACUUACCCAUGUCUGGGGCUCCUGGUGAUCCGGAUUCUGUCCUCCAGUAUCAGAGCAAUCUUGAACUUUGUGGAUUUGGCGGCCAGUGGUUCGAUUGCCGCGACGUGGAAGGCUAUCUUAGAGAAAGAGGUGUGGACUUGGACGGAUCUGCCUUGUUUCCCAUCGUGCAUGACUUGUCACCGAGUCCAUGUCCUUCUGGGCUUCAAUCUAUUUCAUGGGGCAGCUCACAAAUUAUUGAAUACCAAACCGGUAAGUUGAUAAGGUCAUCCCAUUCACUACUAAAGCUUAGACUUGACUCAUGGUUUACAGAUAUCAAAAUAUCCGAAUCCCCUCCACAACCUUUAAAUUGUGUGUUCGACCUUGAAUCUUUCUUAAUGGUUGGGCUUCUUCGGUACCGCCGCAAGGCAAAGAUUGAGGCCCCAUACGGUCCUGGCAAGAAGCAAUUGUCAGAGAUGACGGUCAAAGAAGCGCAUGAAAUUCUGACCCAGUUACAAGAACUCGAGUUUCCAAGUGCUCUGGCUAAGGCUCGGAAAAUCGCUCUGUUGAAGGCUGGGGGUAUCCCGACCAUGUCCAAAUUAUUUGCAGUUACAGGCCAAAACAAUAAGCGCAAUUCGGGGAAGCGUGCUGUUGAUACAGAAAUCCUACUUCGGGAAGUGCAGUCUAAGCCCAGAGAUUCUGAUCGGUAUAUGUCCGCCGUGGCGCGCAUGAAUUAUCUACAUGCCCGUUACCGUCGUGCCAACAAAAUCACGGAUAAUGACCUGCUGCAUACGUUAGGUGAUGGUCUCGCCGAGAUUUUCAACUUUGUUGAUAGAGAAGAAUGGCGCCCGCUUACUGACGUUGAGAAAUGUGCUGUCGGUAUCUUCCACAAGAACUUGGGAGAAGAUAUGGAAAUUCCAUUCGAUGUGCUUCCUUCCAGCAAAGAUGGAUGGCGAGAUGGCCUGCACUUCGCGAUUGAACUGCAAGAAUGGACAAUCCGCUAUGAAGAGGAAGUGGCAAAGCCUACUGCAGCAAGCGACCAAUACGUCAGAGUCUAUGUCGAUUCGGCCAUGGCAUCACUUCCCGAUUUCAUCAGAACCUCCGUGCGAAAGAUGCUGGGCGAUAGCUUGGACGAUGUCAUGAGAACCAGUCUUGGUCUCGAGGCUCCCGGUCCAAUUUUUGCGUUCGUACUGGCCUCCAUCCGAGAAACGCGGAAGGUAUACCUCCGGUAUCUUGCGUUGCCCCGAUCGGAAUCCAACGCAGUCAAGCUUGUCCAGGACAAGGCGAACCCAAAUUCAAAGCUAUAUAACUUCCAGAGGAAGACCCUGCAGCCCUGGUACAUGGAGCCCACGUUCUGGUCUCAGUGGGGACUGGGUGCGUUGCUAGUGAGAGCACUUGGUGGUAAAGUGCCCGGCGCUCGAGGUGAUCGGUACCAUCCUCAGGGAUAUGACUUGAUGACGAUCGGACCGGAUCCGCAGAAGGAGCACGGCGCAGAGGAAAUGCUUUCUGGUAUAGAGGUCAUCAAAGCGAGGGGCGCGACUACCUGUCCAUUUUCACAGGCAAAGGCGCGAUAG